CUCUCUCUGCAACCAAAAUCGACACAAUGAGGGAUCAGGCUUCUUCAGGAAGGGGGUUUUACAGAGAGAAAGUGAGUGUGUAGUUGAAGAGAGAGAAAAGUGAUGGAUCAGUCGUUUUUGGUAAUGCUUUCAAGUCUUCUCCACCUCCAGAACAACCUGGACCCAACCUCCUCUCUCCUCUCCGACACCACGACCUCCACCUCAUCCGCCACUUCCCCAACCUCCCUCCUCAUCUCCACCUCCGCCGCCCCUCUCUUGUUCUUCACAAUCGCCUCCGUUCUCUCCUACAUCGCCUCCACCCGACCCAGCUCUUCCUCCUCCCCCUCCACCACCGCCCCCUCCUCCCCUCCCGCCUCCGAAUUCUCCGUCUCCGCCUUCCGCGCCCUCUCCACCGAACGCAUUUGGGCCAUGGAAGCCCCACUCCGCGACGCCCAGUGGCGAUCCUCCUUUGGCCUCUCUUAUCCCGUCUUCACUACCGUCGUUGACAAGCUCAAACCCUACAUCGCCCAAUCCAACCUCUCUCUUCCCUCCGAUUACGCUAUCGCUAUGGUCCUCUCUCGCCUCACCCACGGCCACUCCGCCAAAACCCUAGCUUCCCGUUACUCCCUCGAACCCUACCUCAUCUCCAAGAUCACCAACAUGGUCACCCGUCUCCUCGCCACCAAACUCUACCCCGAAUUCAUCAAGAUCCCCGUCAGCCGCCGCCGCCUCCACGACACCACUCACGCCUUCCAAGAGCUCACCUCCCUCCCCAACAUCUGUGGUGCCAUCGACACCACACCGGUCAAGCUCCGCCGUCUCCCCUCCGACCUCAAUUCCGCCGCGUCCUACCAAUGCCGAAAUGGGUAUCCGGCGGUUCUUCUUCAGGUGGUUGCGGAUCACAAGAAGAUUUUCUGGGACGUCUGUGUUAAAGCGCCGGGAGGGUUUGAUGAUGCUACCCAUUUCAGGGAUAGUCUGUUGUAUAAUCGGCUUAUAUCUGAGGACAUUGUUUGGGAUAAGGUUAUCAAUAUGAGGGGUCACCCUGUGAGGCCUUACAUAGUUGGGGAUUGGUGUUACCCUUUGCUGUCGUUUUUGCUUACUCCUUUCGCUUGGAAUGGUGCUGGCACGCCUCCUCAGAAGUCAUUUGAUGCCGCGUUGAUGAAGGGGCGGCAGGUGGUGGAAGAAGCCAUUGGGUUGCUUAAGGGAAGGUGGAAGAUUCUUCAGGACUUGAAUGUGGGUCUCAACCAUGCACCGCAGACCAUUGUGGCGUGUUGUGUUUUGCAUAAUUUGUGUCAGAUUGCGAGGGAGCCUGAGCCAGAGCUUUGGAAGGAGCCGGAGGAGAGUGGCUCUCCGGCAAGGGCGCUUGAGAGUGAGAAGGACUAUUACUAUUUUGGAGAAAAUUUGAGGCAGGCGUUGGCUGAUGAUUUAUACCAACGUCUUUCAUCAAGAUGAAAGAGGCUCCGAGUAGGGAAGGACUUUCAGACACUUGGUUUUCUGUAAGAAUGUACUUUUUCCUAGUCUUUUAAUCCCAUUUCUCCUGUAGUUUAUGAGACAAGCUAACUUUGGUCUAAUGUCAAAGACGAGAUAGUCUUUAAUUAAAGAAAGUGGUAUUGCUCAUCCAUAUUCUGUCUAAAACAUUUCUUAUGAUUUAAAUUUAGCUCUAAACUCUGUCACGAUA